AUCUUCGAAACACGCACGCGGCCAGCGGACACCAGUUCCCGGUCUCAAUUUCAUUGACGUUGGUCAUCGCUUCGGAAUGCGUUUGUGUGCAAUCACGAAUGGCGACCCAUGCAAACAGCGCCGAGCGCAUCGCAGCUCAAAAUCGAGUUCAUUGGUGAUUUGGCCGCCUGUGCCGGAAGCCAUGGCGCACAAUUGCUGCUGCGCCGCCAUAACACCAUGGAAGCGUGCCCGCGCAAGUGGCGACGCCGAAACACAAGACUUCUCGCACGCGAUCAGGCCGACAUGCGCCGCGAUGGACACAGAUGUCCAACAAACUCCCACAUUUACACGUCAAAGCGUGAUUCGGACGCUGUUGGAUGCUGCACGCGAACGUUGCCUUGGCACAGGGCUUCACCAGCGCGUUUGCUCAGAGCUUGUCCGCGUGGAAGGAGUGGACUAGCUGAUCCGUCAACAGCCUUGCUACCCAUGUCACGCUUCUCCAUUGUGCGCGGCACAAGUUUGGCCGGAUGCGGUGGCCAAAGCGCAGACUACAUAGCCAGAUGUUCAGUUCAUCUCCAGAAUCUCGAAAGUGGUUGCGGUCGCGCUUUGAUAAGAUUUGCGCCAUCUUGAUGAGCGACGACCCGAUGCUCUGGCCCAGCUUUCCCUUGCCACCAAAAUGUAAACGCCCAGAUGCCACGCCGCGUACGACAAGAGUUGCCACUUCUUCACACUGCGAGGGUCCUCAGCGGCAAAGGGCUUGCUUCCGCAGCAAACGUCGAGUGCGAUGUCAGCAUGUCUGUUGUGAUGUCUUGUGCCAGGCCGGAGGGGAGGAAGCGCGUCACAAGUACAAAAAUGGGAUUCUUUGCCACGGUCGACCCAAGAUUGGCCCGCUAUGCUUUUUUUUUUUUCACAAUUUCCGCGUCCUCGCCAUUUUCAUGUUUCGUCACAGCGGUCAGCCGGUCUGACGUUUGAAUCAGAAGGGCAACCUGUUUUG